AUGGUUUAUUCUUGGGACGACAAGGAGGCUGUGUGCUAUCGCCUCUAUGUCGAGGAGCGGAAGAGUCUGGAGGAAGUCAUAGCGUAUUGGGAGGUUCGGGGGUUUACGCCUAGUAAGCGGGCGUUCCAGACGCAGUUCAAGCGAUGGGACUUUCCGAGCAAACAGAAUCCGGCGCACAAAAACCCCGCUCUCGUCGCACGGCUUCAGCAACUAUGGGAACAAAAUUGCACUCAGAAGGAGAUGAUGGACAACCUGCAGGCUGAGGGGUUCGACAUCAGCGACCGCGAAUUGCUCCGUCUGCGGCUAAGACUCAAGCUUCUACUCAGAGAGCGCGUCUCCAAGCCGAAAAAGGCACCGGCGACCGGUGGGCGAAUACAGAAGAAGGCAAAGAAGAAGACAGCCAAGGUCAUACCUGGCAAAGGCCUCAUAAAUCAGCUUGGAAACGCGAUACUAGCAGAGGAGUCUUUAAGCGAGGAGGAGAGCGGGGAAGAGGAACAGGUUGGCGAUGGGUCUGCGGAACAGUCGGAAGAAGCACGACCUAUAAUCCCUGAACCCGACACUGUUGGCUUGAGCCCAGAGGAUGUGCUUCGGAGACAAUUACGACAGCAACAACUGCAGGCCGAGAGCGACGAGAAAUGGCGUACGCGGAAACGACGAAGGCGAACUCGCGGUUGGGCUGGGCUGCCUGCAGAUGCGCCUGGCGAGCCUCCUCGAUUUCCGUCUGAGACGACCAUUGACGAAGCAAAGGCAUACCUUUGUCUUGAUAACAAUAUGUAUCGCGAGUUACGAGAGCGUUUUCUCGAUAUUUGCAAGGCUGAGGACGUUGUCAAGAAGACGAUUGCUGGCCCUGAGAAAUGGGCGCAGAUUGUACAGCAGCUCAUCAAGGAAAAUACACAUUUGACGGAAGUCUUCCAGCAGGAACCUGAAGUGCUACAGAAUCAUGAUGCGUUAUUUCGACCAAAAGGCCAGCGGGCUCUGUCGCUAGAUGUCAUUUGCAUGGAUGUCACGAAGCGCCUACGAACCCUGAAUACACGGAUGAGUCUCGCCGACGCGAAGAACAUCCUUGGUCUCAACCCCGAGCAAACGAGACGCGUACGAAGCGCCUUCGCCGAAAAGCUGAGAACAGCGCACUUUACGAACAAACUCGAGGCGGGAGAAGCGCAAUGGACAGAACUGAAGCAGACCUGGGUCAAUGAGUCUGAGCACCUAGUAAAGGCGCUCUCGCAAGGCGAAAACGACCCAGACUAUGCACGGAAACUGAGAGCUCUCGAAGUCCUGGCUCGAGAUGUCACGAAGAGACAACAACAGGAGAACGCAGCCAAAGAUCCAAACAAGAAGCGCCAGGUCCAUCAGGGACCAGGCCCAGGACCUGCACCGCCUGUCGUCGCUCCUCAUCCCACAACCCUGAGCACCAAAGAGCGCCCACACACAAACAUCACCCGCGACGAACCGCCACAACCAUCUUACCCGACCGCCCCUUCAGACCUCCAAAUCGACCCCUCCCUCCUCCUAGCCGCCAGCGACGCCUCCGUCCUCCCCACCGCCGACUACCCAUCCCAAUCCCGCUACCAACCAGGACAAUACCAACCCGCUUCCCACUACCAGCACACAUACUAUCCCGCCUCAACCACCAACACCUCCACCACUCCCUGCUCUUUCACCCCGCUCCCAAUCUACUUCCGCCUCCACCCCCACUCCUCAACCCCCUUUCCCACAAAAUCCCUCUGGCUCUCCAUCCUCCACUCUCCGUCUAUAUCCGAACUGCAUAACCUAGCUACCCGCGAGCACCCGGGAACCGAAGUACGCAAGUUGGAGGGCUUGAUAGCGUACAAGGGGUCGGGAGAGGGGAGAGAGGUCGGGGUGCAGAUUACGGAUGAUGAGGAACUAGGGGCUUAUUUGGGUGUUGUGAGAGGGGGUGGCGAGGGUGGCGAGGGAGCAGAGGGUGGGGGGAAGGCUGUGUUUGGGGUGUUGUUGCUUGAGGGUGUGGGGGGAGGGGUAUAUGUUUAG